UUAAUCUGUGGCUCUAUGCUUCAAACUUCCGAAUUUGCUAAUGUUUCGAUGCGAUAGCGAAUACACCUUGUUUACAAAUUUCAUCGGAGACCUUAGAUAGUUUACAUUAUAAUAAUUCGUUUUUAAAUCGAUAGGUUAAAUCUAAUUAUUUGAAAAUGGCAAGAAAUGCUGAGAAGGCAAUGACAACCUUAGCACGAUGGCGUGCAGCACAAGUUCAAGAAGCUGGUGGGCAACGAGAACGCAGGCCAUAUCUUGCAUCUGAAUGCAAUGAUUUACCACAAGCAGAAAAAUGGAGGCUCCAAAUAGUUAGAGAGAUUGCAAAGAAAGUUGCACAGAUACAAAAUGACCGUCUAUCAAAAAUGGAUGAGGAACAAACCCCACUACCAAAAAUAUCACCAGCUCUGUCUUUAAGAGAACAAAGCAUACAAUCUCAGAAAAUUCUUGAGUUAUCUCCAUCAUCUCCCAUGGUCAAUGAAGAAUCAACAAAAACAUUGUCUCCAAAAGUUCAAUCACUAGUGCCUACUCCAGUUCGUCAGUCACCAUUAAAUUCAGCAUCUCCCAAUAAAGGUUUUAAUAAUAUAUCUGCAAAAAGUCAAGAAAGUAAUAAAACUUUUGAAAAUAUCACCCCACCAAAUCCUAGUCUUACUGAAAAUAGAAUAGAAACAAAAAAACAAUCACUCUCAAAACCUUAUUUGUUACGUGAGAUAAGUGAUAAUGAAGCAAGAGACCAACCUGAAGACAAUGAAUCUACAAAUAUUCCUAACUCUCAAAGUCCUAUCAUGCAAAGCAACAUAAAUAAAAUUGCAAAUAUGAGCAUAACACUUACUAAUGAAGCAAAUUCUUUAAGGGAAUCCAUAAAAUCUCUGUCUGAAGACAUUGUUCUUACAAAUAAGGAACUAAGUAAGGUGAAAGAAGAAAACGUUAACUUUCCAUAUCAUCUUUUUCUCAUUGAAAUUAUAAUAAACAAAAUUUUGAUGAAAUGUGAUUGCUUUGAACUAGACAGCAACAACCUAGUUAUUACAGCAAGAUUUUUAGGAAAAAGACCAAUAACUUUAUAUGAUCCUUCAUAUGGGAAAAUUGAAGACUUUAACCAUAUAAAUGUAGGGAAAUCAGCAUUAUUUGCAAUGACAUAUGACAAAAUAUGUAGUAUUAAGGAAUUUGAUAUUAAUUUACAAAUAAACAAACAACCACCAUGCUCUAAUUGUGUUACGAAAAUUGCUGAGUCUAAAAUUGACUACACAGAAGAAUUUUCAGAACUGCGAGAGGAGCUAUGCAAGAAGUGGACGGAAGAACAGCCAAAUGAUAAUAUUUUGUGUACCACAUCAACUCCUCUUGCCAAGAAUAUAUUUUAUUUGUCAUGUGGUGAAACCGAUCAUAGAGAUCCAAUAGGUAUUAUUGAGUUAACUACCAGAAUGUCUUUUCUGGGCAAGGAAAUCACUACUGCUUUUACACAGUCUAAACCCAAAUGUACUUCAGUUUUGAUGAAAGAGCAUAAUGGAAUGGCAAUGUACUCAAGUCAAAAUGUUGAAAUGGAUAGAGAGGGUAAAAUACUUCUCGAUGAAAAUAGUUUAAAUAAAAAAGAAAUGUCAAGAACUGCUGAUACAAUGUCAGCAAAGAGAUCUAAAAGUCCCGAGUCUCAAUUUUCAAGUGGACGGGGAUCAGUACAACAGUACACAAACUACAGGACCCAUACAAAUAAUUAUAUUCCAGACCAAGUAUCUAAAUAUGAUGAAAUUUUUACAAAAAUGAAUGCAAAUGAGUUAAAAAUUAGAGUUCCAAAAUCCACUAAGCUGGAACGAAUAGGAAAGUACGAUAUAAUACAAGAACUAUGUACAUGCGAAGAUAACCCAUACAAUACUGGUGACCAAAUACAGUUAGAAUUGCCUGAAGAUUUGUGUUAUCCAGAUCAAUGUCAUAACACAUAUACAUCAAAUUUAAAAUAUACAUAUAAAGGAUCCAACAAAAGCUGGGAAAAUAAGGACAGAAAAGUUGUUAAUGUUACUCCAUCAAGCUGUCCCAUUCCAGUUAACAUGGAGAAACAAAUCCACCGUCAAAAAGACGUUUUCAUUCUUAAAAUUGGCAAGAAACUUGAAACCAAAGAUAAAAAAACUGAUUUGGAAAUAGAACUGGUGACUCCUAAAGCUCCGAGUACUAUACCAAUCGAAAACAAUCACAUUUCCCAACAAUGUAGUUCAAGUACUUUAAAGGAAAAACCAACGAAACCUAAUAAAAAGAAAACCAAUAAAAAACAAAAGAAAACUAAAGCUAAUCUUGAUAUUAAUCCUGGUCUUGGGGAAUUCAGAAUAAGAGACUUAAAUGAUGAAAUCAACAAGCUUAUGCGAGAGAAAAGGCACUGGGAAGUUCAAAUAAAAGCACUCGGGGGGCCGGAUCAUGCACGCGUUGGCCCCAAAAUGUUGGAUCAAGACGGAAAAGAGGUACCUGGGAACAGAGGAUAUAAAUACUUCGGAGCCGCUAAGGAUUUGCCAGGUGUCCGCGAGUUGUUCGAGCAGGAGCCGCCGGCGGCGCCGCGACGGACCCGUGCCGAUCUAAUGCGCGAUGUGGACGCGGACUAUUACGGGUACCGCGAUGACGACGACGGUCUGCUACUACCGCUAGAGAAGGAGGCCGAGGACCAUGCAAUAGCCAAGGCGGUUGACGAAUGGAAGAGAAAUAAAGAGGAAAACAAAGACCAAGAUCUACCGGAAGAAGAAAAUAUAUAUCCAGAAGACCCUAAUGACAAAAGAAUAGAAGACGAAGAUAUCAGUGAACCCACAGUAACUUCGCAUGUCGCGGUUCCAUCCCAGAAGGAUGUGGAAGAGGCGUUACUCAGAAGGAAAAAACAAGAACUUUUAGAAAGAUAUGGUUGCUUGGAUGUCAAAAUGGAAGAGAGCUAACAGUUACAAUAAACAUAACUAAAACUUACUAAAAGUAAUUUCUUUUAAUAAUCCUAGUUGGAAUUAGAUAUUAAAAGUAUUUUUUUAAAC